AUGCCGAUAUUACUGAAAAGGUACUGUGAUAUUUAUGAUGACAAUUGUGAUAGCUCGGUCCUGGCAUGGUUAUGGGGUCGGUGGAUCUUAUUUGUCAUCGUGCUAGUGUUUCUCUUUUUACUCUUUGGGAUGACCAGGAUUAGAAGGAUCAAUAAAAGACGAGGCAAUUUCGGUCAACAACCCAUUAGAGGUACUGCGUGGAUGACCCCACCGUCGUACUUCCAAUCACAACGGCAAUACAACCAGCCGGUGAUGAACACCUCCGGACCGUCUGACGCCACCUACGUGCCUCCAUACUCGGAAAACGCCCAGCCAACGGAUGCUGGCUACUUUGAUGACCAAGGGAUGUUCCAUAAGAACCGUCAGUUCGCAUCCGAUGGCCGGGAAAUUGUCGAGGACGAUGGAGUUUUACCAAAACCCGAUGGGGCGUAUCAUCACGCUACAAACUUUGAACAAGAUUUCCCAGCGUUCUUUGGCAGUAAUAACCGGGCCAAUACUACGGAACUUGAGAAUUUAAGACCUCCUGGACCACCACCACCUGCGGAAGUGGGUACUAGUAGUAGUACCAUGGAACGGCCACCACAGAGUCAUUCCAAGAACGGUUGA